CAGGGAGGGGAGGAACUAUUAUUUUAACCCUCUCCACUGGCAAACGCCAUGUUCCCUAAUGCUGCAGAAUGGGUCAACCAUAUAGCAAGAAAUACAGAAGGGCAUUUGCCUGUAAUAAAAGUGGAUAUACUAUUGGUAAGGAAAAGACCCGAUCUAAUUCAGUGCCAAACAGUGCACUAACUAUUCCAGUGUAAUCAUAGUUGAUGCCCUUGAGGAAAUAUUUAAUUUCCUUUAACCUGGUACAGACUUUUUGAGCAUGCACCAGCUGUUUGUUGAUUGCCUUAUUAAUUAGCCCUCAUGAGGUAACACUGGAGCUUCAGAUUGGAUAUUUCUUGACUCUUUUAAGUUCAGCUCUUUCCCAUGCAAGAGACAGCGUUCAUGAAACAUGAAAGGGAAUCCAAGUUGGACUCUUCAGCAAGUGGAGCUGGACGCCCCACUCCUCUCUCUUCUCGAAGGGACAACUCCUCAAGGGGAGCAGGCCAGGUGGCAGAUGACGGCAGCCCGAAAGACUACAAGAAGAUGUACGAGCAGGCUUUACAGACCAAUGAGAAACUUAAGUCCAGGCUCGAGGACAGCAAAAAGGAGCUGGCUAGGAUCCAAGCUCGACUAGAGAGAGUCAACCAGAAACAGGGUAAAACAUCUGAGCGGUCCAACAUGAUGGACAAGGACAAAGGGGAGAAGCACAUUCUGGAGAAAAAGAUAUCAGAGAUGGAGGAUGAGCUGAAGGUGAGGACGGAGCUGAAGAGUGAGAACCAGCGGCUGAAGGAUGAGAAUGGAGCACUGAUCCGCGUCAUUAGCAAGUUAUCCAAAUAAAAACAAAGAGGAUGAAACUAUGAAACCUCAAGACUCAAACCAGUUCUCCGGUCACUGCCUGAGGAGUUCCUACUGUCUAAAUAAAGUGUUACACACACACACACACACACACACACACACACACACACACACACACACCACUGUCAAGACCCCGUUUGAACACGUGUCUAUGGGGUUACGGUUGUCUCACUCUACUGCCAUCUACUGUUAGAACAUUAGUGUUGCUUCACAGUAUGUGGAAUAUACUUUGCAGUAAUUUGAAUUUGAUUCAAAUUAUGGACAGUUGUUGUACUCAAAUUAACUUCAGAUAUACACCUGCUAUAACUUGGAGUAACGGGAGUUGUGUCUACACUGGUAGUCUGAUUUGAGACACUGUUUUACUAUCACAUCACCCUUGCCUGGUAGGUUACAGUGACCAUAUAGUCUGCGGUACUGUAUUGCAUGUUAAGUCUUGAUACUCACAUUAUGUUAAUUUGAAGAUUAUUUAAGAGUUAUUGAAAACAUUAGCUGUAUCUGAGGAAGAUUUGUGUGUUGUCUUGAUGCGGAUUUUGAUCACAUUCCUCCUGGUUUGAGUAUGCCAUCUUAAUAUGUAAGGCAUUUCUUUUUGUUUCUCUUCAAUCAAAGAAAUCUUAUUUAUUACACAAGUGAAAACUCU